UUUAAUUUUAUUAUUUUACCCCUUUUAGAUAUAUAAUAUCCUUUUACGUGGUACGGACCAUGUUUGUUUACUGUGUCAGAGACAGGGGAGAAACUGGGUUAUAUAUGGGGUUUGUGCAGCGCAGCAUAAGAACUGAACUUCCUCUCUCACCUCACCUGCUUACAACUUCUGAUUAUUACUCCAAAUGGAAGCCAAUGGGAAUUUGAGUAGUGCUUCUGCUGCACAUCCUGAGACAAUGGACGUGCUUUCACGAGCUUGGUGCAAUUUUGCUGUUCAAACUCUUAACCCUGAGCUGCAACCUGAUCAAUCUCUUGCUCUUAUAGACACCCCCAUCAAAGAUCUUGAUGUUACCCUAACUUCAGAUCCUUUUCCGAUGCAGAACGUGGAGAAACCUCUAAAGAUGGAAGCAGAGUCCAUACCACCGUGGAAAUCAAAUGAUAUGAAGUCGUUCAUAUGGAUGCAACAAGCAAUGCAUCCGGAGUUGAACUACAGUAGUUAUUUCCGAAAGAAAUGGUGUACAUUGCAGUUUCAAUGGAAAAUCGUGCCAUUCAAGAACUUGUCGAUAAAGAAAUGGCUAAAGGAGAUAAGACAGAGCAGAAAAGAAGAGGAUAGGCUUCAGAGGGCUGAAAUUCAUGCAGCUAUAUCCGUGGCAGGUGUAGCAGCUGCACUUGCGGCGAUUGCAGCCGACACCUCGAGAUCAAGAGAUGACAACUCAGACUGCGGCGCGAGGGAUGCUGCUGUGGCUUCUGCAGCCGCAUUGGUGGCUGCACAGUGCGCACAAGUGGCCCAAGCAAUGGGCGCCAAAAGGGAACAGCUUACCACUGUAAUUGGGUCAGCCAUGAGCAGUAUCACAGGCACUGAUAUUCUCACACUCACAGCUGCUGCAGCUACAUCCUUGAAAGGAGCGGCCACGCUUAAAGCAAGAUCUGAAUACAGAAACAAGUCAAGUGGAGUUGCUUCUGUGCUACCUAUAGAAGACAACCAUGAGGUUCAGAUUGAUUUCAAUCUUGAGAAAUCAAGAUCCACGCUCGCUAAAGGUGUUCUUCUCAAAGUUGAGUCCCCAAAUGGAAAGUACAAGAAGAGAUCCAUCUCUAUCAUCCAAAACAGUGACACCAAGGUAAUUUUGAAGGUAAAAAAACUCAACAUGUUGAAGACCAAACAAGAAAGCGUUGUGUUGGAUAUGUACAUUGAGCUGUACAGACAUGAAAAUGAAGAUGAUGAGGACAACAAUGAGGACGAGGAGAGUAAUACAUGUUAUCUCAUUGUGUUGACUACAAAUAAGGGCACAUUCAAGCUAGAUAUGGAGAACGAUUAUCAUAAAUACAAGAUCUGGGCAACCACCGUAAAUCAAAUGCUCAUGCUUUCUGCUCAUUCUUUCACAAGAUUAUGAACUUUUCUAUUUUCAUGUUAUGGUGUUGCUUUAUGCACAAUGCUAUGUUUCCAUAAUUCUAUAUUUGUAAUUUAAUUAUAUUGUGUAAUUAAAUUUGGUACAUAUUUUCAUCUAA